AUGGUGGCUCUGAGCCAGGCUCGCGGACUGCUGGCCGAUGUCACUGUGCCAGCCCAUGCGGCGGCGCCGCCCACUGCCCAGGCCGCCCCGCGCGACUCGGUGCUCAGCGACGACGUAUUUGGUGACCUGGAGCUCGCUGACGCCCCAGAGAGCGCGAGCAUCAGCGCCGCCGCCGCAACCGCCGUCCGAUUCCUCGCUGACGCCACGGUUUCAAGCACAGCUGGCCGCCAAGCUCCCGAGGUGGUCCCGGAUGACGAGGCCGCCGCCGCGCAGAAAAAGGCGGGGCCUCCGUCGUCUCGGCUUGUCGACGGCGACGGGGAAGCUGUGGAGAAGCUGCAGCGGCUGCUGGUGGAGUCGUCGCCGUUCGUCUUGCAGCUCACAAGCCUGGUCGCCAGUCUGCGGGACAUCCACACCCGCCCCGCCCCGCCAACCGCGCCCGUGCUGCCCUCGCCGUCCCCAACGCCCCCUGAGCCCGCGCCGCUGCCUGCCGCCCCACAUACUUCCAGCCCCGCCGCCGUCGCGUGCAACGAAAGCACGGACUUGCCCAGCGGCGGCGGCAGCUGCGGCGGCGGCAGGGGCGACAACGCGACAACGAACGGGAUUUGCUGCGGCGACGAGGUCGAUAUCGAGGCCAUCACAUGCGCCCUGUUAUCAGAGGGCUACUUGGUCCAGCUCCGCUGCGACGCGGCCGGCGGCGAGCGCCCGCGCGACGCGCGCCGCUGCCUGCAGCAGCUGCGCCACAGCUUCGUCGUCUGCCUGGGCGGCCCGGCCGCCCCGACGCCCCGCUCGGGCGGCGCCGUGGCGGGCGCGGUCGCGGACGGGGGCGCUGCGGCGGCGGCUUCCGAGUACCUUCCCGCCCCCUUGGUCAUUGAGCCGCGCUUCCGCGACCAGUUCGUCAUCGCCCACCCGACGGCCGCAUACGCGUCGCUGCUCGCCGCCGCGCCGCCCUGCUUCGUCGGAUCCGCGGCCAAGCUGGAGGCCGUAGUGUCGCACCUCGCCGAUGAGAUGGCCGCGGCGUUCACGCAGCGGCGCCACGGCGCGGUGCCGCCGUGGCGGACGCGCGCCGCGAUGCUUUCGAAGUGGGGCCCGCAGCAGCUCGCGGCGCUGGCGGCCAAGAUGCCCGGCGCACGUGAGGGCGGGGGCGGCGUCGGGGGUGACGGCGCGGCUGCUGCGGAGGUGGCGGCGUGGCUGCCUGAGGCGAGCGUCCUCGAUGGCAGCGUGGGCGGCCGCGGCGCCCCGCUGAGCCCUCACGGGGCCGCGGGCGGCGCCUGGCGCGCAGCGGCGCAUGCGCGAGAGCAGCAGUUGGCGCUACAGCCGAGGAUCUACCAGAUCUUGGCCUCAGCAGCCGCAGCUGGGCCCCUCAGACCAUCCCCCACGCCCGCCGGCGAGGGCCCGGCCGCCUGCCCCGGCGCCACUACCACCGCCGGCACCGCGGCGCCCCCGCCCGCGCCGGCCGCCGUCGCGGCGCUGCAGGCUGCUGACGCGUCGUCCCUGGGGCGGGCGCUCCAAGCGCUGACGGCCGCGUUCGGCGGCGCGGCCCGCGGCCUCUCCUGCGCGGGCGGCGGCAGCGUCAUGGCGCAGCCGCAGGGCGCCCAGCCGGCGGCGCUCCGCUUCUCCCGCAAGGCCAGCUACGAGUGGUGCGAGCGGCGCCAGGGCUCGGGCAAGGCGCGUUCCCUGCUGGCCGCGGCCCUGCAGACGUCUGCCGGCGCCGGCUGCGGCGCGGCUGACGGCAGCGGCGCGGGCGGCCGCGGCGCACAGCAGGCGGAGGCGCGGCCCGCGAUCCGCGUUGUGCAGAAUGAGCCGGCGCAGCAGCAGCCGGCGGCAACGGGCGCAUCGCCGGCGGCGGCGCCGCCGCCGCUGCCGCCGCUGCCAGGCGGUUCGUUCUUUUGA